AUGAUAGACAUAAUGCUUAAGAUGUUUUUAGGAAAAUAUUUUGAAUCUUGUGACAAUAAUUUCAUAACCAUGAAUAUGAAUGCAGGAAUUGAGAUCAGAAAUAUAGUCAUAAAAAAUGAUGAAAUUAAUAAUUUUUUAAAAAGCAAAAAUAUAGAUAUAGAAAUAGUUUAUUUGAAAAUAGAAAAAAUUAAUAUAAGUUUUAAAACGUUGUCAGGAAUAUUAACCCUAAAAUUACAAGGUGUAGACUUAAGAGUUAAACCCAAUAUUCAUAAAAAUGCUUCUAAAGGAAUAAAAAAUAAGAUAAAAAAUUUUUUAAAUAACAAUCAGAAUGAAAACGUAAAAUUAUAUUCUCCUUAUGAUACACAAAAUAUCUAUAAUGAAAGUGUAAAACUAGAAAAUGAUAUAUUGUGUUGUUGUUGUGAAAAAUACAAAAAUGUUGAAAAUAGUAUAAGUUGUUACAAUAAUUAUAAUAGAAUAAAAAAAUAUAUAUGUAACGAUUGCUCAAUUUUGAAAAAUAAAAAUAGCGAAAAUAAUUUAAUUCAAAAACAAACACUUUUAAAAAAUAAAUCCUCCAAAUACUAUAACAGAAAUGACAUAUACUUAGCAGAUACUCCUUAUAUUAAUACGAUUAACAAUACAAAUGGAGAUAUAGAUAGAAAUUCAUAUGAAAAAAAAAAUAAACUAAAUUAUCUGAAUUUCAAUAAUACAAAACAUUUAAAAUAUUAUGAUAACAACUAUCAAUUAAAUAAUAAAAAGGAGAUCAAACAUGAUACAAAUACCUUUAAAAAUAGAGAUAAUGCUUUUUUUAAUGAUUUAAAAAAAAAUGAAACUUCAAGUAAAUGUGCAUUUUUUUUAACACAUUCAAAUAAUAUAAAAAAAUCACCUAAUUAUAAUUUAAAUCAAAUAAAUGAUUAUGACUAUGCAAAUAAAUUAAAUGGGAGUAUAUAUAUAGACAUAAAUAAGCAGGAGGAAAGUAAUCUAAAUACAUUAAGUGAAUUAAAUAAAAGUAAUUUUUAUGAUUUUUGCAAACUUAAGAAUAAUUGUUCAAGUAAUAGAGGAAACAUAUUAAAAAAAAAUCUAUAUUUACAUGAUAAUAGUAAAUUCAACUACAAAAAUAGCCUAAAUGAAGAUAAAAGUUUAAAUUAUACAAAAAAUGGUGAUAAGAUACAAUAUCCAUGUAAUUAUACAGAAAAAGAAAAUCAUAAAUUAAAAAAUUAUGAAGAAAAAUUUCACGAGUUUGAUAAGAAUUGUAAAAUUUACAAAAAAAAUAACAUGAGUCAUCCUGUUUUUUACCAAAAUCAUAUUAUAUCAAAAAAAAAAAAAAAUUUUGAAAAUACAUUAAGACAAAAUGAAUCAUUAGAAAAUAAUUUAAGAAGAAAUUCUUAUUACAUAAAUGAAAUAAAUAAGGAAAUUCCUAUAAAUACUUUAUAUAACAAAGUAAACGAAGGAAAAAAUCCUUAUAAUAUUAAAAAUAAAUAUAACAAUUUAUUAUAUAGUUAUAAUAGUAUAUAUAAUAAUAAAGACAAUAAAAUAAAAAUAGACAAUAUUUUUGACUUUAAAUAA